AUGGCACGUAAUGUAUCAUACAUGCUUAAUUUGUAUCAUACAAGUAAGUAUGUGAUAGAGAACGGUAGCAUCAACACUUUUUCGAAUAUGCCGGAUGAUGGUUUGUUUGUCGAAGAAAGGUUGUCAUAUGAGGGAUUGAUUAGUAAGAUUUGUAUGACCCUUGGUUGGGAUCCAGCACACGUGAAACUCCACCUUUCUUUGAUUUUCGAUAGUCCCGGUGGUAGGCGUGUAGUGAAGAUCAAGAAUGAUUCGCAUGUAGAGUUCAUGAACCGUGUAGAUCCAAUGUCAUGUUUGGAUUUAUACAUAGAUUUGGAAGAUAUCACUCAAGAAGAAAGAGAAGCGAGUUUGGAAAACGUGUCAUUUGGUGAUUUUCGAAGGGGGGAACGUGCUAGUACUUCUCGAAACCGUGAUGAAGAGGAGACACCUUUAUUUGCACAAAAUGACUACCGGGAAGAGUCGGAUUCCGACUACAUAGCUCCAAGUGAAAGCGAAGAAGACUGUGAUGUCUCCGGAGAGAGUGAUUUUGAAGAAAGUGAUGAUGAAAGGUUGGAAAAUGAGGAAAGGGAUUGUAAUCUAUUCGCUCGACGCCAUGUAUAUAGUAAGAUGGGGAACUGGGAUGCCUCAUUUGUAGACAAGGAUGAGUUUGCUCUUAAAAUGUGGGAUGAGACGCCCGAAGGAAUGGACAUUGGUGUUUGUUUCAAAUCUCAAUCAGAAGCAAAGCAUGCUGUGAAAUUAUGGAACAUCCAUCAUAAAAGGGAAUAUACGGUCGCCGCGAGUAGUCCAAGGACGUGGGCUGUGCGGUGCAGAACAUUUAAUGUGGAAAGUGAGGAUGGUGAACCACCAUGUGAGUGGAAGAUGCGUGUGUCAUUGAAAACUCACGGCCUUCAUGAAAUUGUGAGAUGGCAUGAUGCACAUAAUUGCAUGACUCCUGUGAAUGAUAAUGAGAAUCGAAUCGUAAGUGUGAUAUCCGACCGGAAUGCAGGGUUGUUGAGCGCAAUGUCACAGAUGGACGAAUGGCGUGAUUUAGGUGAUGGUGGGCACUUUCUUUGCCUCCGCCACGUUCGCAGCAAUCUUGUGUCGCGAUAUAAUAGCAAAAAGGUGAAGCGGUUAUGUUGGAAGAUGGGCACGACGCUUUCAAGAGUGAAAUACAACCGUAUGAGGCGAGAGGUUAUUGAAUUCAAACCUGCUGCAUGGGAGUAUCUUCGAGGGAUUGGGGGGAGUAACUGGGCUCGAUUGAAAGCCGGUCUUCGCCGUUGGGGCAUAGCGACAACCAACAUUUCUGAGAGUUACAACAAUGCGUUGAAAGGGAUCCGUUUUUUACCAAUUAGAGCCUUGAUCGAUGCAACCUUUCGCAAAACUGUUAAAUUCUAUAGAGAAGAACAAUUGUCUGCGAGAAAUUGCAUGACACCGAUCCCUCCUGAGUUAUGGAAAAAAUACGAGAAAAUGAAUGAUAAAGCAGCCAGUUUUGAAGCCACCCCUUUCGAUGGUGAUGAUGCUAUGUGGCGUGUUGUUACUGCCACACGCCUAAGUGGCAGGGGUGGGUCUCUGCAUACGGUGAACUACGAUGAACAUAGGAUUGAAAUGGCGACGCCGGCAUCGAGCUCCCAAUAUGACUAUCAACCUAAACAUCUUCACCCGGACCUAUACAAGAUAAAAUGCUAUAUCGUCAAACAAAGCAUAGGUCCCAAGCUGUCUAUGAGAACAGGAUACCGGACAUUAAGACAUUCCGCCUCAAGGGCCGUAGUUAGCCGGACUGCAGAUGAAUGGAGGGAUCGAUGUGAGGCUUAUUUGGGAUUCCGGCCGGCGAUCGUAAAUGGCCAAUGUGUCAAUGUUGGUAUUUUCGAAGAUGAGAUGGGCCGUGCACUACCUUCAAAUUCCACUUGUCCAUCGAUUCGAGCAAAGGGCAGGACACUUAUACUGCAUUUUAUUAGCAGUUUCAUGUUUCGAACAAGACGCGAACACUUGUCAAUCUACGGUUCUUGGCCGGAGUUGAGGAUUUGGAUCGGUGUAGUCGAUACGAUUGGGGAUCGCACUGCUGGCUGGGUUGUACUCGGCCUAUGCGAGGCAUCACAGUAUACCAUGCACGACGCCACCGGGUGUCUAUAUUUGCUACAGGUAUGGGCCUCAGCGGGAACCCCACGAAUAACGCAGCAUUCCUUCUCGAUCACGCCCACAUACGCCAUCAUUGGAAUAGGAGAGAAGAGUUCGUGCUACGAGAUUUGGAGGAAGGAGAUCCUGGAAUUCAAAGAAAGUUUGAUCGAUCAUGCGAAUCGCUUGUCGUCGUGGAUUGGACAGAAUUGUUGUAAUUGGAAUGGAAUUACUUGCGACAAUCUCACUGGUCAUGUCGAGAAGAUUGAUCUCCGUAAUCCCAUCCAACCUAAGGAAAACAAUUGCUUGGGUGGUAAUAUCAGUUCUUCUUUACUCAACCUGAAUCAUUUGAUUUAUCUUGAUCUCAGCUCUAACAAUUUUUCAGGAAUUCCAAUCCCGGAAAACAGAUGCUUGGGAGGGUUCUGUGGGGAGAUCCCUUUUAAUCUUGGCAAUCUAUCUAAUUUGCAACAUCUUGAUCUUGGUUAUCCAAGUGUUGGAUGGUCUGAUAUGUGUUUGAGUGCCAAAAAUCUCAAUUGGGCUGCUAGACUUACUUCCUUGAAAGAUUUGAAUCUUUGUGGAAUUGAUUUGAGUGAAUGUGUUGAUUGGUUUGGUUCAGUUAACAUGCUUCCUUCUUUGUCAUCUUUGAAUUUGAGAAAAUGUGACUUGCCAUCUGAUCCUCUUGUUCUUCCUUCCCACUUUAAUCUCACAUCUAUUGUUUCACUUGAUAUUGGGUACAAUUACAAUUUCAAUCUGGAACUUACCUCAGUGCUCCCCUGGUUGUUCAAUUUUACCAAUGAUUUUGAAGUUCUUAAGCUGGAUGGAUUAGAUUUAAAAGGGCCAAUUCCUUUCAUGGUAGAGAAAUUCAUAUCUUUAAGCGACCUUGACAUUUCAUACAACAACUUUUAUUCUUCAUCCUUGUUAGAUUCAUUGUGUAAUCAUACUAGUCUUGUUUCAGUGAACCUAUUUGUCAAUCUAAUCGAAGGCUCACUUCCUCUUUGUCUUGGGAACCUGACUUCACUCAGGGUACUUAAUUUAGGAUCCAACCAAUUUGGUGGAAAGUUGCCCAGUUGGUUGGGUCAGCUUGGAAAUUUAACUUAUCUUGAUUUGUCUGGAAAUGAUUUCCGCUCUUUUGUUCCCUCAAGUUUUGGGAAACUUAGGGAGCUUGAAUAUUUACAUCUUGAUGGCAACCAAUUGUAUGGCUUAGUUCCUGAGGCUCUUGGGCAGCUAAACAAACUGGAAGAACUAGAUAUUUCUUUCAAUUUGUUGUCAGCUGAAUUGUCUGAAUUCCACUUUGUUGAACUCAAACGUUUGAAACAUUUGGAUUUGUCGUAUAACCCGUCUCUGACCCUCAAUGUGAGCAGUCAGUGGAUCCCUCCAUUUCGACUUGAGUACAUUGGGAUGCAUUCUGUAAGAGUUGGGUCUCAAAUUCCUCAAUGGCUUCGAACCCAAAACAGUGUUACCUCUUUACUCAUGUCAAAUGCUAGUAUUUCGGGUUCCAUCCCUGAGUGGUUUGUGACAGCUUGUUCCAGUGUCCAAGAGUUGGAUCUAUCAAAGAAUGAUAUCUCUGGUGUCUUGCCAUCAUCCUUGAAGAAUAUGAACUCUUUGUCUAACCUGAAUCUCAGUUCAAACCGAUUAACUGGCAAUCUUCCGGAAUGGAUUGGAGGGAUCACACAAUUGCAGGCUCUUAGCCUUCAAUCCAAUAAUUUCUAUGGCGAGCUACCUCCAUCAUUGACCAAGUUGAAAUAUUUGUCUGAUCUUGAUCUCAGUGAAAAUCAGUUUACUGGCACCAUACCGGAAUGGAUUGGUGAACAAUUAACGGAAUUAUACACGCUUAAACUUCACUCCAACAAUUUCUAUGUUGUUAGUGUGUGA